AUGUCGACAUGGAAGCUAUCCGGGGUGCAAGACCGCCGAAAGAAAUGGGUCAAGGGGGUGUUGGUCUGUGCAUACGCGACCUCCGCCGUCUUCGUGGUAAACGUCAUCCUCACCAUCGUGGCCACGGCCAUCGCCGUGGCCGGGGAAGGCCAGCGGACCCUCACGGCUGUUACCAUAUUCCAGGGUAGCUGCGGCCGGACGAAGGGGUGGACGACGGGGCUGCACCUGGUGAUCAACGUGCUCAGCACCGUCGUCCUGGCCGCCAGCAGCUACUGCAUGCAGUGCCUGAGUUCGCCGUCGCGGACCGAGAUCGACCGUGCGCACGCCGAGCGGGUCUGGCUGGAUGUGGGCGUGUCGAGCCUGCGGAAUCUCACCUUCGCCGGAUGGACGCGACGGGCCCUGUGGCUGGCGUUGAUGAUGACCUCCGUCCCGAUCCAUCUCAUAUACAACUCCGCGGUGUUCUUCUCGCUGGGCACCACGGAAUACAACGUCGUGCUGGCACCGGCCGACUUCGACUUCGACCACCCCCCGACGCAUCCCAAUGCCUCGUACGCGGACUGCUUUCCGGCCAACACAGCCCUGAAUCUGACGAGCUUCUACACCGAGCUGCCAACAUUCCAGAACCUCACGACGCAGGACUGCAUCAAGCGGUACGCGACGAAUUUCCCCGCCAACCUGGGCACCCUGAUCCUGGUGACCCGCAACGGCACCGUCGCCUCCGACUCCCUGGAGUGGGUGGUGGCGGGCAACCCGACGGUGAACUACGGCAACGAUGAACUGACGUCCGGCUAUGGGUGGAUGUGCCAGGCCAACGACCGCACGGCAGAGACCGCUCAGUCAUGCGACGAGUCGCAGCUGCUGCAAAAGGCCAACGAGUGGUCCAUUGCGCUGCGGGUGCCCUGGUCGGGGCCCGUCGUCAACGCCACGAUGGAUCUUCCCAGCGGCCCGACGACCUGGCCCACGAGCCUCAAUCUGGACGUGUCCACCCUGGAGCAGACGCUCGCGGGCUUUCCCACCGCGACUCAGCUGGAGCAGGCCCUCCGCAACGAGACCUACUGGCAGAACCAGACCUGGGCCCAGGCGGUGCGCGUGCAGGCCACGGAGGCCAGGGAGUGUGCGCUGGACUACCAGGUCUCGACGCGGUAUGCCCCGUCCCACACCGUGGACUACUGUUUGAGCCAAGCCGCCACGGAGCACUGCGAGCUCCAAUUCAGCCCGAUGAUCGCGCUGCUGGUGCUGGCGUGCAAUAUCGUCAAGAUCGUGUGCAUGUUCCUGACCGCCCGGACGGACCGACGCGACAUCUUCCUGACCGUCGGCGAUGCGGUCGCCUCGUUCCUCACGCGCCCCGACCCGACGACGGCGGGGAUGGGCCUGCUGUCGCGGGCGAAUCUGACACAGGGCCCGCAGCCCUGGCGGUCCCGUCGCGCGGCGUACUGGCGGCUGGCAACGAAGCAGACCGCGUCGCCGCGCGCGCAGCCCUGGGCCAUGCUGGUGCCGCGACAGCGCUGGAUGGCGGCGGUCCGCCUGAGCCAGUGGGUCGGGACCAUCCUGGUGUGCCUGGGCGUGAUGUCCCUGGGGGGUUAUUUCCUCUCGACGGCGCUCCAGUCCCUCCGGGACGAACUGUAUAGGACCACGAUGACGGGGCUGUGGGAUCUGGGGUUCGGCACGGCCACGCCGUACACGAUCAUCCCGUUCCGGCAUUCGACGGUGAUCGCGAUGGCGCUGCUGGCGAACUGCCCCCAGCUGGUGGUCUCGACCGCGUAUUUCCUGUACAACAACCUGCUGACGCACAUGCUGCUGGUGGCGGAGUACGACGACUACGCGAGCCAGCGGAAGCCCCUCCGGGUGUCGUGGCCGGAGGGGGUGCAGCGGUCGAGCUACUACCUGAGCCUGCCGUACCGGUACAGCCUGCCGCUGGCGGUGGCGUCGAUGGUGCUGCACUGGCUGGUGUCGGCCAGCCUGUUCUACGUGGAGGUGAUCCCCUUCGACACGUGGGGGAACGCGGUCUACAACGACCAGAUCAUUGCCUGUGGGUAUGCGCCCAUCGGGAUCAUCUGUGCCAUCCUCCUGGGCUUUGUCAUGACGAGCUCCAUCUUGAUUCUCGGCCUGCGGCGGUUGCAAUCGCACAUGCCCCUGGCGGGGAGCUGCAGCGCGGCCAUCAGCGCGGCCUGCCACCCGCAGAGUCCGGAGGAGCACGCCCUGAAGCCGAUCAUGUGGGGGGAGAUCCUGGUGUCUCCGGAGGCCAGGGCGGAUGGGGAACAGUCCGCGGCGUCCGAUGGGGACCGCGGAGACCUCGAUGGCGGAGGCAAGGACGGCCGGAGACGCCGGGGGUAUUCACGGCUGGCGGAGGGAUCGGGCGACGGGGAGGGCGGCCACGGCCAUUGCAGCUUCACGUGCGAGGAGGUGACGGCGCCGAGUCUCUCGCGAAUGUAUAUCUAG